CCACGACAUGAAGCCAGGAGCAGAUGGGGAUGUGGAUGAGGAGCACUCCCAGCUAGAGGAGGAAGAGACAGAGGAGUUCCGGGAUGAGGCCUCCUCUGAGCAGAGCAAGAAGGAGUCGGAGGAGCAGGGCGAGGUGAUCAGCAAGGAGCAGCUCGUCGCGCUUGCCGCGAAGGUGAGCGCCAUCUGGCAGCGGCUCGCAGCGCUGCUCAAGUUCCAGGCGGACGAGAUCGUGUACUUUGAGAGCGACACACGGGACGCGAGCGAGCAGGCGCAGAAGAUGCUGCAGAUCUGGAUGGAGAACGAGGAGGAAGCCACGGCCGAGAUGCUGCGAGCUCCCCUCGUCGAGCUGGGGCUCGAGGCGGCGUGGAGCGAAGUGUUUCAGAGCGUGAGUUGAGGUGAGGCGGAGGAGGAACGGAGGAGCGAGGUGUUUCAGAGCGUGAGCUGAGGCGAGGUGGAGGAGGAACGGAGGAGCGAGGUGUUUCAGAGCGUGAGCUGAGGCGAGGCGGAGGAGGAACAGAGGAGCGAGGUGUUUCAGAGCGUGAGCUGAGGUGAGGCGGAGGAGGAACAGAGGAGCGAGGUGUUUCAGAGAGUGAGCUGAGGCGGCGAGGCGGAGGAGGAACAGAGGAGCGAGGUGUUUCAGAGAGUGAGCUGAGGCGGCGAGGUGGAGGAGGAACACACGUUGAUGAGGAUGAAGCUCUGGUGGAGCUCGUCUGGACGAUGCUAGGUGAUGUUCAGGUUGAUACUGGAAUCACUAGACACCGCCACCGAGAAGAUUCUGUGUGAAAGAUGCCCAACGAUGAUGCUUGACAGAAGCUGGCGAACGAUGGCAUUAUUACGGUAAAUGCAUAUUUAUAGAAAAUAAAAACAAAACCAUUGAAGCUGUGGUUUA